GCGGUGGACUCGAUGGAGCGCGCUGUAGUGCGCUGUGUGCCCUCCGAGCCGAAGCUCAGCCUGUCGUUCUCGUUGGCCGAUGGCAGCCACAAGAACAUGCAGCGCGACCAGAGCGAGCCGCUGGGUCGAGUCCUCAGCCGGAUCGCCACCAACGCCCUUAAAGGCCACGCGAAAGCGGCCGCGGCCAAGAAGAGCCGGAAGAACCGGCCAAACGCCAGCGGCGGCGGAGCCUGUGCGGGGCCUGGGUCUGAGCAGGCGGCGGCCUGCGAGCCCGUGGUGAAGCUGUACUACCGGGAGGAGGCGGUGGCCGAAGAUGUGCUCAACGUGGACGCCUGGCAGGACGGUGCGGUGCUGCAGAUCGGCGAUGUCAAGUACAAGGUGGAGCGCAACCCGCCCGCCUUCACCGAGCUGCAGUUGCCACGGUACAUCAUGGCCGGCUUCCCGGUGUGCCCCAAGCUCAGCCUCGAGUUUGGGGAUCCCGCCGGCUCCCUCUUCCGCUGGUACAGGGAAGCCAAACCGGGAUCGGCGGAGCCUGAGGGCGGGGGCCCCUCGUCAUUGUCGCCCUCCUCGCCCAGUACUAGCUGGACGAGCACGGGCGUGGACGAGCGCGUCUACACCCCGUCCAAUGCCGAUAUCGGGCUGCGUCUCAAGCUUCAUUGCACCCCAGGCAAUGGGCAGCGCUUCGGGCCCAGCCGGGAGUUGGAAAGUGUGUGUCCAGUGGAGGCUGGGCCCGGCACUUGCACCUUCGAUCACCGGCAUCUCUACACGAAGAAGGUGACGGACGACGCGCUCAUCCGCACGGUCUCCUACAACAUCCUCGCCGACACGUACGCCCAGACCGAGUUUUCGCGGACCAUCCUGUACCCGUACUGCGCCCCUUACGCCCUGGAGCUCGACUACCGUCAGAACCUGAUCCAGAAGGAACUCACCGGCUACAACGCCGACCUCAUCUGUUUGCAGGAGGUUGACCGCUGCGUGUUCACGGACAGCUUGGUGCCGGCCCUCGAGGCCUUUGGGCUGGAGGGCGUGUUUCGAAUCAAGCAGCAGGAAGGCCUGGCUACCUUCUACCGAAAGUCCAAGUUCAGCCUCCUUAGCCAGCAUGACAUUUCUUUCCACGAGGCCCUGCAGUCCGACCCACUUCACAAAGAACUGCUGGAGAAAUUAGUGUUGAACCCAUCGGCCCAGGAGAGGGUGUUCCAGAGGUCUUCUGUCCUUCAGGUUUCUGUUCUUCAGUCUACAAAGGACUCUUCUAAAAAGAUAUGUGUUGCUAAUACCCAUCUCUACUGGCAUCCCAAAGGUGGGUACAUUCGUCUCAUUCAAAUAGCAGUAGCCUUGGCUCACAUUAGACAUGUCUCAUGUGAUCUGUAUCCUGGCAUACCAGUUAUAUUUUGUGGGGACUUUAAUAGUACCCCAUCAACAGGAAUGUAUCAUUUUGUCAUCAAUGGCAACAUUCCAGAGGAUCAUGAAGACUGGGCUUCCUAUGGGGAAGAGGAACGAUGCAACAUGUCUCUUACCCAUUUCUUGAAACUGAAAAGUGCUUGUGGUGAACCUGCUUACACAAAUUAUGUUGGUGGCUUUCAUGGAUGUCUGGAUUACAUUUUCAUUGACUUAAAUGCUUUAGAGGUUGAACAGGUGAUUCCACUACCUAGUCAUGAAGAAGUUACCACCCACCAGGCCUUACCUAGUGUUUCUCAUCCCUCGGAUCACAUAGCACUUGUAUGUGAUUUAAAAUGGAAAUAGAUUUGUGUUUAAUGGAAUUUAAGUCUGCUUUACUAAGAGAUAUUUAAUAUGAAUCAAAGUUUAUGUGUAACCUUCAAAGAGGAAAACUAGACACCAGGUUCUUAGUUCUUACCCUACUAGUUAUGUUUUAAUGUCUUCAUUACAUGACUUCAUAAUCUUUGCAUAAUAUAGUUUCUGUACUCUCCACCCCCCCCCCCCCCCCCCCCUGGAGGAAAAACAAAUAUAUUUAUGACUGGCAGGGAACAUUGAAUUAUUGUGUACAUUUUAUAAAUACUUUUUUUUUAGCCUCGCUAUUAAGAAUUUUGUAAAAUACCAUUUGAAUGAUGCUAUAAUUUUUCUAUCAUAACACAUAUUUCCAAUUGAAUCAUGUUUAUAUAAUUAGGGGGGAAAUGCAUACAAGUUAAGGUGAGAGGCCUAAGUUCUGAUAUGUGAGAGGAAUAACAUUAGGGCCUACCUCUACCUCAAUUUGGUUAGCAAUUUAAUACAACUUGAGAACUUUAACAAAAGAUUAAAAUAUUGUUAUUGCUUCUCAUCUUUCAUUUUUCAAUUAACAUAGUUUCAUUCUCUUAUUUUUAGGAUUUUAGUUGUUAGUACAACUAAAUAUGGUACAAAUGAACAUAUAUGUUUUUUACUGCAGCUCAUUUUAAUUUUUAGGAUGCAAGCACAACUUAAUAUUCAAAGUGAAUAGCAACAAAGUCAACUUUAUCCCUUUGUCUUUAAGUACUCUUGCCCAUGAAAAGUGUUCAUAAAUUAACAGAAAGUGACCAUGUGAUAUUAGAGAAUACAGCACAAUACAUUAUGAGAAACUGCUGACUGGUGUGGGCUUUAAAUUUUGGAUGAACUAUUGAGCAUUUCUGUUAGAAGUAUUUUUGAAAUUACUGGUUUUACAAAUAGAAAAGGGAGUAGUGGGGCUUUUGAAGAUCUUGGAAAUAAACAUCCUUUUAUAGGCUUAAGCAUUACAAUUUGAGUUGCAGGUAAACAUUAUUAUAUAAUUUAUAUACUGUAAAAAAAUUUUUAAUAUGAAGCCAAACUUUAUAAAAUUAGAAAUUACAGUUUUACUGAAUGGUAUCUGGCCUAGAGUGGUAACCAAGCUUUUCUAACUCAAUUAUCACCAUACCUAAUUUGUAAUACUUUAGCUGUUGUUGUUUUUUUUGAUGUUUGGGAAAACUGAAAUGUUAUCUCAUUUCUGCAUUUAAUUUCCAGCUUAGAUAUUAAAAGCCCAUCCACUUCAAGAAGAGCUCUUUCCACAGUUGUGAGAGCUUUUACUCCAAAUUCUUUCAUUUUUUUCAUCUUAAACCCAACACUGUAAGAACUUUACUCUUGAUAAAGUAGCCUAUACUUUCAUAUUCUGCUCACUAGCCAUUGUAUUUUUAACUCUUAGUUUAGUAAGUUUGAGAAUGAGAAGGUUUUACAUGCACUUUAGAUUGAACUUUGAAGUACUUAAAAGUACUUGAGGGGGGAAAUUAAGGUAGCAGUUUCUUGGGAUUUUUUUUAGAAAAAGCUAUAAAUGAAAAAUUGAUAUUACCAUAUUGUGCUUUCCUAAAUAACAUUUUUGAGAGCAUUUUAACAUCAGUUUACAAAUACAUAAAUAUUAAAGCCAGAAGCUGAUUCUUUUGAAAAAACUUUUUUUUCUUUUUAAAAUUUGGUUUUGGUCUGCCUUCAAACAAAGAUGUUGACAGGGUCUUACAAUAACUUGAGAGAAAACAAAAAGCUUCUAAGUGAAAAGUUGAGAAACACUUUGAAAGAAAAAAUUAUAACAUGAUAUACUCAUGCCCAAGAGAAAAACAUAUAGGUCCUAUUGAACUCUGGUCAGAAAAACUCUAAACACUUAUAAAACAUUCCACAUCUGGAAUCUUUAAAUUUUUUAUUUGCUGACUAAACAGUGUGAUCAGAUUGUAUAUAAGCAUUUCAGAAUAAUUGAGUAUAGAAUAUUAUAAAGUGCCACAUACUCUGAUUAAAUCUUCAGUAUACAGUUAUGUUAGUAUAAUUGGGAGUCCAACGGUAGGGAACACUAAGAAAACUGAAUAAAUAUCAUACCAAAAUUUCCUUAUAUUCCAGUUAGAAUAAAGCAUCAUUCAGAAAUGUUUGUGUUUAAAGCCAUCUUUGUGACUGAAUUUUUCAAUUAUAUUUGGAUUUUUAGUACAUUUAAUUUUAAUAAAAUAUGGAAAGUCUAACUCUAUGGUGAA